GAUACAUACCCUGCCCUACUCUACCCUAUCCUACCCACCCUACCUUCCUACCUACCUAGCUAUCGACAAAACCGAAGGUCGGGCUGGCAUGUCGUAUGCCGCUUCCUCAUCGAGCCAGUCAAUUGCCAGUCAGGUCGCAGACACACCGGGACGAUGAGCUUCGACAUCGCCGCCCCACCAGCCCUCGCGGUCUUCAUCUCGGUUUGCUGAGUCCUGUUGGGGACGGAUUUUCGUGGACGUUCCAGCUAUCCAUAUCUGAAAGACCAUAGACAAAGAGGUACCGAGUCCAGAACAAGCCACGCGCUUCAUCAGGCCCUGCCUUAAAGGGGGUUUAAUCCGUUGCAAGAACUACAGUAUUACUUAGAACUUCGUCUGCGGCAAGAUGGGCAAUUACAGUCUGAGGAAGAUCAUGGACAAGCAGACCCAAGUGGUCAUGUUCAGUUCCACGGCCAUUGCCCUGUACGGCUAUGACCAAGGGAUGAUGUCCCUGAUUAACACAAACUACAACUACCUCUACACCAUGGGCAUUACUGGAAAUUCGGCGCUGGUCGGACUGGUCGUCUCCGUCUACUAUCUGGGCUGUGCUGUGGGAGCGGUGCUGGCAUCGCGCUUCGCAGACGCAAAAGGUCGCAAGCCCAGCAUCUUCGCGUGUCUGGCGACAGCCAGUCUGGGGAACUUGCUCAUGUUCAUCGCGGGGAUGGGGAACGCCGGCCAGCAGGCCGCUCUGGCGACGAUGCUCUGCGGGAGGGUCGUCAUGGGGCUUGGAGUCGGAGGGAUCGAUGCAGUGGUACCCGUGUACAGCUCCGAGCUCCAAGAAGACGACGCUCGUGGCACGGCGCUGGCGCAGGAAUUCCAAGCCAACAUCUUCGGGCUGAACAUGGCCUAUAUCCUCAACGUCGGGGUCACGCACGGCCUGGGCAAAUGGAGCCAGUGGGCCUGGCGAGUGCCCAUCGUCGUGAUGCAGGUCUAUCCGGUCCUGCUCCUCGCGGUCGCGAACCUCCUCCCAGAGACGCCGAGGUGGUGCGUCCUGCACGGCGACAACGAGCGGGCGAAGCGCAGCAUAGCCCGAGUGUUUGGCCGGGACCAAGUCGACGACCGCCUCGACGAGCUGACCGAGGCGCACAAGAAGGAACAGGCGGAAGGCACGAUCUCGUACUGGGACAUGCUUUGGCCCGGCGGCUCGCAGUUCCACCCGACCGUGGUCACCGUCAUGGGCCAGGUCAACCAGGCCCUGACCGGGUACGGGGCCGUGUCGGUGUUUGGGGCCCAGAUCUUCCAGCUGCUGGGAUUCGGCGUCAACACGGCCGAGUUCAUCACGCUGGGGAACUACGUGUUCUACUUCGCCAUGAUGACCGCCGCGUGGGUGCUGAUCGACCGCAUCGGCCGACGGAAACUGAUGGUCGCGGGCGCGUUCUGGCUGGCCGUCUCCUUCGCCCUGCUCGCCCUGCUGGGCGGCCUGGCGUACAACCGACGCGGGCUCGCGAUCCCGUUGCUCGCGACCGGCAUCCCCGGCGUGGCGGCCCUGUACGUGGCCACCGCGGUCUUUGGGAUCAGCUGGCUGGUGCCUCCCUGGCUCAUCCCCACGGAGAUCUACCCCUCCACCGCCCGUGCGCAGGGCGCCGCCGUCAGCGUCAUCGUCUGGGGCCUGGCCAACUUCGCCGUCACCUUCCUGACCCCGAUCGGCUUCGACGGCCUCGAGUACUACCUGUUCCUGGUGUUUGCGGCCACCAACGCGUUCGCCGGGCUGUGGACGUACCUGUACUGUCCCGAGUCCGGGAACAGGACGUUCGAGGAGAACCAGGAGUUCUUCAAGGCCGCUGCAGAGACGGGGUCGUGGGUCGUCAGCCGAGUCGUGGACGGAGAGUUCAAGGUUUUGCCGCAAAAGGAAGUGGAGGAAGUGGAGGACGAGGAGAUUGUUGCUGACGGAGAGAACAGUGGGAGUCGGGGCAAACAGCGGACGGAAAGGAUGAAGAAGCAACAGAAACUGGAUGCUCACGAAGAGACUGCCCCUUUACUGGGCAGGACAAGUACACAAUAG